AUUGAAUGCACUUCUAGGCACCAAAUGCCAGUGUGCGCCGAGGCAAACCUGUUGCUAGAGUGAAAUAAACGAGAAAAAAAAAUUGCAGCGUGCAGCAUCUGGCAGCUUUCACUUCACACUGACAAGUUACAUUAAAGGAAAAGCCGUCACGACGUAUGAAUGACAUUUUUUCACAUUCUCAGACCUUUUGAAGAUGGAAUAUAAUAUCAUAAUUGUAAUAUUGUAAAGCAGGAUAGUCGAGUUUCUGCUGAAAGGUUUGCUUGUGCCUGCGGUUCUCAAGUGUGGACUUACACUUUUAUAAGCAGACACUUUUCCAUAUAUUUAUAUAUCCGGGAGGCCAUUAUUUCCAAGAGAAUAUGAAAAGAUGGAAAAGUCUGACACCUGGAAGUUGUACAAGUAUCUGGUGCUCCGAAAUGUUAACAAUUACUUGGUCUAGGAGAAUGAGCGAUUUUCCAAAACGACACCUCGACCAGGUGCGCACACGAACGGUGUGCGAGUGAACAUUUAGUCAAGAGUCGGGGGUCGCACCUAAAGUGACUUGUUUGAGAAAUGAGCGAGUCCUUUUUUCUGUGUCUGACAGCAAUUAAGACUUAUCGAGAGGUGGAUUAUCCAUGAUGAGACUCCUGCGCUUAGCUUUUCUGGUUGCUGGAUUUUGGGCAGUUUCCUUGGCGAACCGAAACUGUCCCGACUUGAUCAUCGACAGCUGCCGCUGCGCAGCUGAUCGUCCCAAACAGCUGGAGCGGCAAAAUAUUCGUAUAAAAGUCGUGUGCAACAAUGUUGAGUUAUUGGAAACUUUGCAGCCCGGAUUUCUGCCCAACAAAACAGUAUCUCUAAUUCUCAGCAACAACAAAAUUUCCUUACUUAAGAAUGGCUCAUUCUUUGGCCUCCAGUUCCUGGAAAAACUGGAUUUGAAGAACAACUUAAUUAGUACCAUUGAGCCUGGGGCUUUUCGUGGACUGACAGAGCUGAAGUAUUUGGAUUUAUCUAACAACAGGAUAGGCUGUUUCUCUCCUGAAAUGUUUGCAGAUCUCAGUCACUUAUCCAGAUUAUAUUUAUCAGGUAACAUUUUCUCCACUCUUCCUGAAGGACUGUUUGCUGAAUUAAUUGCACUAAAAUUCUUGUAUUUUGGCACAGAAACACUUUUCUGUGACUGUAACCUGAAAUGGUUAUUACAAUGGACAAGAAAUAAUUCUGUUAGAAUUGGAAAUGAAAGUUUAUGUGUUUAUCCAAUUGUUUUACGUGGAAUUGAAUUUCGCGCUUUAAAGGAAAAUCAGUUGAAAUGUGAUGGUCCUCUGGAACUGCCUUUAUUUCAGCUGAUACCAUCUCAAAGACAGAUAGUUUUUCAAGGAGAUCGCCUGCCUUUUCAGUGCACUGCCACAUACAUAGAUAGUACAACCAUGGUGCAGUGGUAUCAUAAUGGAAACUUUAUAGAAACAAAAGAAGAGAGUGGAGUAUUUGUUGAAGAAAAUAUAGUUCAUGAUUGUUGUUUAAUUACCAGUGAACUGAUUCUUUCCAACAUUGAUGUCAUGGCAUCAGGAGACUGGGAAUGUUUGGUCACCAGCUCUCGUGGGAACAGUUCCAGCAAGGUGGAGAUUGUAGUUCUGGAAACUUCAGCACCAUACUGCUCUGCAGAACGGGUCAUCAACAAUAAAGGAGAGUUCAGGUGGCCAAAGACACUUGCAGGUAUCACUGCAUUCCUACCAUGCAUGCAGUAUCCUUUUGGCACUGUGACCUCUAAUGGCAUCUUAAAGGAAAGGAGAGCUUUUCGUAGAUGUGACAGAGCUGGUCACUGGAUGGAGGAUGAUUAUUCUGAAUGUCCUUAUUCUAAUGAAGUGACACGCGUACUCCAUGCUUUUAGUCAGAUGUCAAUCAAUACAACCAAUGCUCUAGCAUUUGCACACCAGCUAAUGGCAUAUACUGGAGGUGCUGCACAUUUUGGAGACAUGAUGGAUAUAGUUUUUGUAGCACAUAUGUUGGAAAAACUUAUGGCCUUUGUGGAUCGCCUCAAAGAUUUGGGAGACUACAUAUGUGAUGUUGCAAGUAAUGUUAUGCUAGUAGAUGAGCACAUUCUAUGGAUGGCACAAAAUGAAGCAAGGGCCUGUACUAGAAUUGUUCAAUGUGUGGAACAAAUUGCAGAUAUUGCCCUAACCACCAACACUCAGGUUAUCUCCAAGGUUUCCACUAAUAUUGCUAUGGAGGCUUUUGUGAUGAAACCAGCAAACUUUAUGGGUAUGACAUGCACAACUUUCCAAAAACUACCUCUGAAUUCAGACAGAGCAUUGAUCCGUGAUGUGAGCAGGAGGGAUUGGGAGUCAGACUAUCGUGAAGAUGCACAGCUGAAUUUCAAAUGUAACACUGGCAAUCUGAGCACUUCUCUUAUGAACUUCCCAGUCAAGAAUACCGUGGCAGUCGCUUCCAUCCAGUUACCGGUGACAGUUACACCUAGCAGCUCCCCGGCUCUACAAUCUGUUGAUAAUAGCUCCACUUGCAAGCUCCUGUUUGUGGUGUUUCGAAAUGGGAAACUCUUUCCUAGCACGGGAAAUUCAUCCAAUCUUGCAGAUGAUGGCAAACGAAGAAGUAUUUCCACACCAGUUGCUUUCACCAAAUUAGAUGGGUGCAGCUUCGGGAACAUCUCGCAGCCCAUUACAGUCGCUCUCAGGCACUUCUCGUUGGGUGUAGACCCAAUAGCAGCCCACUGGGAUUUUGACCUUCUAGAUGGACGCGGAGGCUGGAGGGGGGAUCGGUGCCACAUAACUGGCUCUGCAGGCAACAUCACAACCCUUCGCUGCACAAACAACAAUAACUUUGCAAUCCUCAUGGAUUUCAAGACAGUGCUACCUUUUCCUCCUUACCCAGGGGAGUAUCUACACCCUGUUGUGUAUGCCUGCACAGCCGUCAUGUUGCUGUGCCUUUUUGCCUCUAUUAUCACCUAUAUCGUGCACCACAGCACAAUCCGAAUAAGCAGAAAGGGCUGCCAUAUGCUCCUCAACUUUUGUUUUCAUACUGCUCUAACAUUUGCUGUGUUUGCUGGAGGCAUUAACCGCAUAAAAUAUCCAAUCAUCUGCCAAGCCGUUGGCAUUGUGCUGCACUAUUCAACUUUAUCAACAAUGCUUUGGCUUGGAGUUACUGCAAGAAAUAUUUAUAAACAAGUGACAAAGAAACCCCAUCAUCACCAAACUGGUGACCAGCCUGUUCGUCCAAAGCAGCCACUUUUAAGAUUUUAUUUAGUUAGUGGUGGAAUUCCUUUCAUUAUAUGUGGGAUUACUGCAGCAACCAAUAUCAACAACUAUGGAAGUGGAGAUGAAGCACCAUACUGUUGGAUGGCAUGGGAACCUAGCCUUGGAGCAUUUUACGGUCCAGUGGCAUUUAUCGUUUUGGUCACUUGCAUAUAUUUCCUCUGCACAUUUAUACAACUAAGACGCCAUCCUGAACGGAAAUAUGAACUGAAGGAAAUGACCGAGGAGCAGCAGAGAUUAGCAGCCUCAGAAGUAGGCCACUGUCACAUGGCAGAUACAGGAUCUGUGUCUCAGACCACUUGCUCUGUGAUUUCUGCAUCGAUGCUGGAAAAUGAGCACUCAUUUAAAGCUCAGCUUCGAACAACAGCAUUUACUUUAUUCUUAUUCAUCACUACCUGGACAUUUGGAGCUCUUGCAGUCUCUCAGGGUCAUUUCUUGGACAUGAUUUUUAGUUGUUUAUAUGGGGCUUUCUCUGUAACAUUGGGACUUUUUAUUUUGAUCCAUCACUGUGCAAAAAGGGAUGAUGUUUGGCAUUGUUGGUGGUCCUGUUGUCCAUCAAGAAGGAACACGUAUUCCGUGCAGGUGAAUGUCCGUCCAAAGGUAAAUGUGAAUGGAGAUACAAAGGUUCACUCUCACUGUCUCUUGGACUCUCCGUGUCCUGGAAAAGCAGUCCCAGGAUAUAACCAGUCAGUUUCUGGACCAUGCAAAUUAACCAAUCUUCAGACUGUGCAAAACCAUGUGAAUUGCCUUUCUCCCGUCACCCCAUGCUGUGCUAAUAUGCACAGUGAGCAACUUAUAGAUGAUGAACCCCAUAUUCAUGUGCAUUCAGAGGAAAAUUUUCGGCCCAAUAUGCACAUCCAUAGAUGUCUCAAAAGUAGGACUAAACCAAGGCACUUUACACGUCACAGGACUGCAGGAGACCGGGAGUAUGCCUACCACAUCCCUUCCAGCAUUGAUGGGAGUGUUCACAGCUCUCACACGGACAGCCCACGCAGUACGCAUGAAGGCCACACCUGUCACCGACGAGGGUGCUGUGCUCAAGUAGACCCAUUCCCUACAAUAAGUCAGCCUGAAAGCAGUGAGGCCAGCACUGUUCUGUACGGCUGCAGUAAAAUGCCUGAUGAAGACACUGUGCACCAUACGGCCCAUUUAGAGAUGCAUCCGCGGAGACAAUCGUUCCCUCAAAACCCACCUAAUCAGAAUGGAAUGCUAAAAGGAAGUUUGCAUGAAGGGCUUAUGUACAGUUCAGAUAGUACAGGAAAUAUUAGAACUGGCCCGUGGAAAAAUGAAACUACUGUGUAGUUUAUGGGCUUUGAAUUACCUUCUUCUUUUGAAGUAACUCUGCAUUCAGUUCCUGUACUCUUUUAUUUUGUGUCUGUUUACAUAUUUUUAUUCAGUAGUUAACCUCACCAUGUUUGUACAACAACCUCACUAAAAGUGCAGUAUUAUUCAGUUCAUUUCUCUGUCGGUUACACCAUUCUUCUUUUCACUUCUAAUGAAUUCAAAAGGGCACGAGUGAAGAAAUGCAUUUAACCUCAAAUAAUAUUAAAACACACACACACACUUGUAUUAAGAAUAACCGGAUGAAAUUAUGUAGAAAACAUUUGCUUGGCUACUUGGAUGUGAGACUUUUUAUCUGAAUCACAGACUUGAUUUCCUUUUCUAUUUAAAAAUAUGAGAGUAUAUUUGUAUGUUUGUGAAAGAUGAACUAUUCCAAGAGGCAGUGUUCUCAGAACUGGAAUUAGAAUUUUUUUUUAUGUGUGUGUGUGUUUAUUCCUCAGUCAGGCACAUUGUGUGACGGAGAAUUUAGCUGUAUUUUGCUAAAAUUAUAUAUAUAUAUAUAUAUAUAUAUAUAUAUAUAUAUACACACACCAGCAGUCAAGAAUUAAUUGCAUUUUCUUUUCUUAACUUAUGCAUAUUAUACUGUGAAACAUCAUUAAAAAUGAAAACUCAUACAUUCCUUUUUAUAUAUUUUUUCAUUAAGGCUGAUAAAGUAUACAAGAGAUGCUGCCUCUUAGAAAACUGUUAUGCUGCUUAGCCUGUAAACAAUUACAUUUAGUAUUCAGUCUGUGUAAUGUCUCAGUAUCCACCCAGAAAGAUGUAUUAAAUUACAUUGUCACUGUUAGAUCAAUGGUGCUUCAAUGGUUGUAUCUUGCAUGGCACAUGUCAGGGUAAACCAUUCGCUGUUUUAGUGUUAUAUGUGAAAAACAACAGUAUUGUGAAAGGCUGUGAUAUAAUGUUGAUAUUUAAUGUUACAGCGUUAUGAAACCACAAAAAAUCACUGCACUAUCUAAUGUGGAAAGCCACAGUGUGUAGAAACAAUAUUACAGCAGUAUUAGAAAGCCACACUAGCGGUUGGUUGUUCAUUAUUUUAAUACAACGCAUGCAGUGCUUGUUGUAUGUAGCUAUGUACAGUGUUUCUGCAAUUGCUUCCAGUAAAAUCGGGAUUCAUAUUAGCUAAAUGAGUCUGUCCUUGAGAAUUACCUGUACUCUUUUAAACCACAUUUCUUUUAAUAUUUAUAGCUUUUUGGUUGUGCCUUUGCAGCAUUAGGUAAUGAAGGAUUAGAGUGUUUGUGGAGCCACUCCAUUCAGUCUGAUAAAAAUACAAAUAUAAUUUGGUCAGAGGUUUAUAAUACUUACUUUUACGAACCCUUGCAUUAGGUGGUGUUUUGUCUCCCAACAUCUGACAUUGUAGUUUAGAUAUAGUCAUCUCUUCACAUAUUUGCAUGAUGUGUGAAAAAAGAUACUAAUGAAAUCAACAUAAAAAAAAAACUUGAUUAAAGGGGAGUUCAAAGUACAUGUCUCAUGAAACUCCUUUAAAGUAGCAUGAUGAUGGGUUUAAAACAUUCUGCAAUCAUUUACUUAUGUAACUGGUUUUAUUAUAUAUAUUUUUGUAUAAACAUGUUGACAUUCUUAUUUAAUAAAUAAAAAAAAACUAAAGUUAUGCAGGGUGUUCCACCAGGUAUACUAUGAUUAAAGUGUUGAUGAUUUUUCUCUCUUUAGAUGUUUUGCUUUCAGGCUGACAAUAUUAAAUUUUGUUUUGCUGGAAAUGCUGUAGAUAACUGGGAUGGAGCAGCAGGAACAAAAAAUGUGUAUUUUCAAAGAACUUAUACUAGAAAUAACUACCUGAAGGAAGAAGAGUCGGGUAUAUUUCAGGCAAAAAUAAAUCUUCCUGCUCAUUUUGCUAUUUAUUUUUUAUCAGAAUGGGAACUACUCAAACCUGGUUAAGCAGCAAUGUCUCUGUACUCUUUCCGUGAGUUUGACCGCUUGUCAGUUUUACUUAUAAUUCACUUAGUUUUAUACUUAAAAUUUGAAUGGUGAAUUUUGGCUUUAUUUAAAAUCACUUUUAAUUAUUUUAUUUUAUUCUGUUUUACCAGGUCCCAUUAUAUGCUAAAAGCAAUUAAGUGUUGAGUGGACACUGCUGGUUUAAAAAAAAAAAAAAAAACAAUUUCUUCUUCCUUCACAACGAUAGCCUCCUCAUCCCUCCAUAGCAUUUUGAAAAAUACGGUAUGGAUCUGAGGAAAGUUAAAACAGAGGAGUUAUGACAGCAAGACAAGUACGUGGCAAUAUUUCUUAGAAUACCAAAGGUAAAACAAAAUCCACAAAAUAAAGUUAAACUGGGAUUUCAUUUACUGGUGGAAUUAACUUUCUGAUUACCAGAUUCAGAAUUUCCAGCUUCCCUUCACUUGCCACAGUAAUAAUUGUAAUAGUAAUGAGUGAAACAGGUAAGUUUCAAGCCGCAUACACUAUUCAUUUUGCAGGCAAGUUUUAAAACUGUGAAAUGCUCAAGUUUUUUGAAGGGUGGAAAGAAUGGAAUACUGCCUAUGAAAGCCCCAUUCAUACUUGCAUCUUUAUUAUUUUCUUCAGCUGCAUAAUGCACAUAAUUCAUUGCACACUAGUGAAAGAAAUUAUAUUUAUGCUCUCAUUCAAAUCACCACGGAAGAGUGCAAUGUUUUGUUUUUUUUAAAAUGCGACAUACUACAUAUUUUCCACACAAAAAUGCAACAAAAUGAGUCGGGUGCGUUUUUUUCACUAUAGAUCUUUUUUCAGAUACUAAAUGACAAGCAGAUACAUGCAGAAUAAAUGUAUUAAAAUGCUUCCAGACAAGAGCUUUUAAAAGCCUUUCUUUUUGUGUCAGUGGCACGAAUUUAGCAGGAAGUGGAACAGUUUUUGUAUAACUAAUUGUUUGCUUAGGGAAACACUCAUUUUUGCUGUGAAUUGUUUUACUCGUUACUGAUUAUUCUUCUUCUUCUUCUUUCGGCUCCUCCCAUUAGGGGUUGCCACAGCGGAUCAUCUUCUUCCAUAUCUUUGUGUCCUCUACAUCUUGUUCUGUUACACCCAUCACCUGCAUGUCCUCUCUCACCACAUCCAUAAACCUUCACUUAGGCCUUCCUCUUUUUCUCUUCCCUGGCAGCUCUGUCCUACACAUCCUUCUCCCAAUAUACCCAGCAUCUCUCCUCUGCACAUGUCCAAACCAACGUAAUCUCGCCUCUCUGACUUUGUCUCCCAACCGUCCAACUUGAGCUGACCCUCUAAUGUGCUCAUGUCUAAUCCUAUCCAUCCUCGUCACACCCAGUGCAAAUCUUAGCAUCUUUAACUCUGCUACCUCCAGCUCUGUCUUCUGCUUUCUGGUCAGUGCCACCGUCUCCAACCCAUAUAGCAUAGCUGGUCUCACUACCGUCCUAUAGACCUUCUCUUUCACUCUUGCUGAUACCCAUCUGUCACAAAUUACUCCUGACACUUCUCCACCCAUUCCACCCUGCCUGCACUUUCUUUUUCACCUCUCUUCCACAAUCCCCAUUACUCUGUACUGUUGAUCCCAAUUAUUUAAACUCAUCCACCUUUGCCAACUCUACUCCUUGCAUCCUCACCAUUCCACUGACCUCCCUCUCAUUUACACCUGUAUUCUGUCUUGUUCCUACAGACCUUCAUUCCUCUCCUCUCUAGAGCAUAUCUCCACCUCUCCAGGGUCUCCUCAAACUACUCCCUACUAUCGCUACAGAUCACAAUGUCAUCAGCAAAUGUCAUAGUCCACGGGCACUCCUGUCUAAUCUCAUCUGUCAACCUGUCCAUCACCAUUGCAAAUAAGAAAGGGCUCAGAGCCAAUCCCUGUUGUAAUCCCACCUCCAACUUGAAUGCAUCCGUCACUCCUACCGAAGACCUCACCACAGUCACACUUCCCUUGUUAUUAAUAAUAAUAAAAUGCAGAUUUACAGAUCAUAAAGUUACUGUCAUCUGAUAAUGGCUUAGAAAGUUAUACCACACAAAGUAUACAGUAUUUUUAGAGACCAAUUUAGACGCAUUUGAAAAUUACUGUUCGGAUAUUUUUGCUCCUGCAGUAAAGUCCCAGUCUGAAACUGAAAAGAAAACUCAAUAUGAUGUGGAAAAAAACAACACUUAUUCAUAGCAUAGUUGCUGAGCCUCCCUGAAUAUGAAGGGGAGGUAGUGGACCUGAACCCACUAGGUUAAUGCUCAGUAUCUGAGUCCAACUGUUAUUUACUUUUUGUCUCUUUGUUUAUGAGCAUUUUUGUUUGUUUGUUCAGAUUAAUUUUAAAGUGUACAUUGUGAAAUGUUUCAUCAUAUCACACAUUACGUGCACUCAUCUGUAAUGUAUUAUCUUUGGCUACUAAAGUGAUACAAAAGCCUGCUUUCCAAUGCCAACGCAACAAUAUUUUGCUUUUAUAUGCAUAAUGUACAUUUUGAAAAUGUCAUAGAAACAGAUUGAUUUAUGUGUUUGUGAAUGUUAAUGUUUUGUAUUCUAAAUCAUUCUACCAUCACUGGGCAUUGCUCCACUGUUCCUUGCUAUGUAGCUGGUCAGAUAUCCUGUGUUAGGAUGAGGCAGUGCUACUGUGACAGACCCCAAAGUUAGCGUUCCACUUUUCUACAUCUCCACAAAUUCCAAUAAAUGUAUUUUUUCACCAUAA